AUAACUGUGUUCACCAUGCAGAUUCCCCUCCCACCUGUGGACGAGAAGAAGAAAGUAAUUGAAGACGUUGACAAGGACAGACGGUAUGCCAUUGAUGCCUCAAUUGUGCGUAUCAUGAAGAGCCGUAAAGUUUUGGGUCAUCAGCAGUUGGUUAUGGAGUGUGUAGAGCAGCUUGGUCGCAUGUUCAAGCCCGACUUCAAAGCAAUAAAAAAGCGGAUUGAAGAUCUAAUCACAAGAGACUACUUAGAAAGGGACAAAGAUAACCCUAAUUUGUUUAGGUACUUGGCAUGAUGUGGUCUAGUUGAUUAUCCUUGAAAUGAAGCAGUACCUUUUUCUGCUAUAGUUUGCCCAAGAAGUGGGUCAGGCGGUGGAAGAAGUGGCACAAUCACAUGUAAAUGCCGGUGCACCAGUGACUAAUAGUGAUUGCUUAAAGCAGGAGCUGAGACUGCUUUGUACAUUUUGCCCUUGGAGCAAGGUAUGGCUGACUACUAUGGAUAGUGCACCCUUGCUGGAGAAAUUUGUAAUUGACUUCAUAAUACGGUCCGGUGUACCACAGGACUGUCUGGUAUCUUUGUUUAAUUACCCCAAUAUCCGUCGUCCCAUGACUACAUUUUCCGUUAAUUGUUUCUUCGCCCUCACUGGAAGGAAAAGUAUACUUUCGUUCCCAGUAUGUCCACUUGAGUUGUGCUAGCUGACGAUGGAAUAUAAAAUUGAUCAGGUGGAUGCUUUCUUCUUUGAUUGCGAAACGCAUGGCUUGUAAACUCUGAAUUUGUCUAUAAUCAUCAGAUGCUUAUGCACUUGUGCUUCACGAGUUGUUUGGUCUGACUCUUGUAUAUUAGUUCCGGUGAUGCUCUUUUUUCUUUUCUGAAGUUGAUGAAUUUGAAUAAGAUUUUCUCA